GACACAUAAGGCUGUUUAAAGCAAGUUUAAUUAAUUAAUUAAUUAGAUUUAUACCCCGCCCUUCCUCCCAGUAGGAGCCCACGACGCCUGGACCAGAGAAAUAGGUAAGUUAUUCCAGUGAUGAGAUCCCGAGCAAUGGCGAGUCAUUUGGCACAACAGACAGUCUCUCUUUCUCUUGCACGCACGCACACAACGGGCGGCCCACUUAGCAGUCCCAUUCAUUGAAGUUCAGCCUUCCGGAUUUCGUACGAAGAGCGGGCGCUCAAGCUCUCUACCGUCUUGCAGCGCCCGCGGCUCGACCCUUCCCGAAGGGCUCUUCGCUCACGCCCAAUUUACACCCGGCGACACCCUCGCCCAUCCCCGGGCACCUGCACGACUUCACUCUUUGACCUGCACCCAGAACCUGCCCUCUGCGUCACGUGGCUUGUGCCAGCCAAUCCGGGCUGGCCAGGAGUUGUUCGGAAGUUGCUCGCGGCAGCAGAGGAGUUGGCGGACAAGGAAACCUGGGAGAGUUUCUCUUCUUUUUUUCUCACUCAGCGUCGCUGUUUUUGGGGGCUGUAGUGGCCACGUCGGAUCGCCUCCCGGUCUCCUUUUACCACCGCCGCCUGGGUGCUUUACCUGUUGCUUCAGCCCCCCCACCUGGUUCUUUUCCCAUUCCCCGGCGCUGCAUUCCUUUUUCUCCCCCGCUGUGUCGCCGCUUCCUUUUCCUCACCUGGGCCCCUCCUGCCCUCCCUUGGAGGGCCCCGCCAACUUCGCGACCCCGAGCGCUCCGGUCGUGAGCUCCCCUUUCUAUUCCCGCUUCGGUGCCUUUAAUCCUAUCUCCCCGUCAAACCGACUUGCAUUUUUCUUUUCCCAUCUUCCCUUUUCCGGCCUGUGUGGUCCCCGGACCUUUCUGUUUCCCGCCCACAGUCUGUGAACCCCACCCACCUUUCUUCUUCUUGGUUCCAUCGUUUUGAGACCCUUCUACUUCCUUCUUUGCCCGGGCCCCUUUCGAUGAGCCCCCCCCCAUCCCUCCAACUUGGUCUCCUUGACUGUAACACCCCCAUCCUGCACCUUUCAUUCGUUUUCUCCCUUCUUGGCUUAGCCUCUUGUGACUUUUGCCCUGACCCGGUGGGAUCCUCAGCUCCACCUGCCCUCCACACCCUAACUUCCCGCCCUUGCCCAUCCAAUGCCCCUGCUGCUGCUGCUUUCCUCUUUGCCAUCUGCUUUGUUCCACAUCCUCUGCCACUGCCUUUCUCUCCAGUUAAAGCAGUGAGGGGGGGCUUCUUUCAGAGGCUUCCCUGACUGUUCCCAAUGCUGAGGCUGAAGGAGAUGUGGUUAGUGCUCCCGUCUUGACCAUGGCUUUGCUGAGCUCUGAAGGAGCAGCUGAAGGGUCUUUAGGGGUCUGUGGUACCUCCUGUCCACUCUGGACUGUGUUGUAUGACUAUGAAGCCACUGGGGAAGAUGAGCUGAGUUUGCGACGAGGACAAGUGGUUGAAGUUCUCUCCAAAGAUGCGGCUGUUUCUGGAGACGAUGGCUGGUGGGCUGGUAAAAUCCGCCACCGCCUUGGUAUCUUCCCAGCCAACUAUGUGAGUUACCAGCCAGGAUGUUACCAACAUCCCCAGUUAGGGUGGCUAGAGAAAUCAGGGCAUCAAGCCCAAACCCAAGCUAUGAAAGAUGGGCAUCCUGCAGGUGGUGGAGACCAUCUGGGUACUCUAGAAGAGAUUGAUUUCCAGCAUCUGGAACUGCAAGAGAUCAUUGGAGUUGGGGGCUUUGGAAAAGUUUACAGAGCUAAAUGGAAGGGGCAAGAAGUGGCAGUCAAAGCAGCUCGGCAGGACCCGGAUGAGGACAUCAUGGCCACUGCAGAGAGUGUGAGGCAAGAGGCAAAACUGUUCUCCAUGUUGAAACAUCCCAACAUCAUUGAGCUUCAUGGCAUAAGUUUGCAGGAGCCCAACCUCUGCCUGGUUAUGGAAUAUGCUAGGGGAGGACCCCUCAACAGAGCUCUGUCAGGUGCUUCCCCCAUCACCAGUGGGAGCCAUUGGGGCCGACGCAUACCUCCUCAUAUACUGGUUAACUGGGCUGUACAGAUAGCUCGUGGGAUGCUUUACUUACAUGAAGAAGCCAUAGUUUCCAUCCUUCACAGAGACCUCAAGUCAAGCAACAUUCUUUUACUUGAGAAGAUAGAGAAUGAUGAUAUUCAUCACAAAACACUGAAGAUUACAGACUUUGGCUUGGCUAGAGAGUGGCAUAGAACAACUAAAAUGAGUGCUGCAGGAACCUACGCAUGGAUGGCUCCUGAAGUUAUCAAGUCAUCCAUGUUUUCUAAAGGAAGUGAUAUCUGGAGUUAUGGCGUAUUGCUGUGGGAACUCCUUACAGGAGAGGUUCCUUACCGUGGCAUUGAUGGCCUUGCUGUGGCUUAUGGCGUUGCUGUCAAUAAGCUUACUUUGCCCAUUCCAUCCACCUGUCCUGAACCAUUUGCUAAACUAAUGAAAGAGUGCUGGGCUCAGGAUCCUCAUAUCCGACCAUCAUUUACCUUGAUUCUUGAGCAGCUUACUGCCAUUGAGGGGGCUGUUAUGAUUGAGAUGCCUCAGGAAUCUUUUCAUUCUAUGCAAGAUGACUGGAAAUUGGAAAUCCAACAGAUAUUUGACGAACUGAGGACUAAGGAAAAAGAGCUGAGGUCACGAGAAGAAGAGCUAACAAGAGCUGCUCUUCACCAGAAGUCUCAGGAAGAAUUGUUGAAACGGCGUGAGCAGCAACUAGCAGAGCGAGAGAUCGAUGUACUGGAGCGAGAACUAAAUAUUUUGAUAUUCCAGUUAAAUCAAGAAAAGCCCAAUGUGAAGAAGAGAAAGGGAAAAUUUAAAAAAAGUCGAUUAAAACUUAAAGAUGGACACAGAAUUAGUCUGCCUUCAGAUUUUCAACACAAGAUAACAGUGCAAGCUUCCCCGAAUCUAGAUAAACGAAGAAGUUUAAACAGUAACAGCUCUAGUCCGCCAAGUAGCCCCCCAGUAAUUCCUCGUCUUCGAGCUAUACAAUUGAUUUCCAAAACUGACCCAAAUACAGCUAAUGGGCAAAGAAACAGUAUAUAUGUGUACCAUCAAGAUGUAGAUAUCACAAGCGAAUAUGAACUUCCCAGUGGGGUUAAGGAAAAAGUAACCUCAGAUGAGAGCAACAGAACAUGGGGAAGAAGCACAGCUUGUUAUCAGGAAGAAUUCGAAGAUGUGAAGCAAGGCUUUAAAAAGAAAGGUUGCACAUGGGGGCCAAGCUCUGUUCAAACAAAAGAGCGUACAGAUUGUAAAGAGAGAAUAAGACCCCUCUCAGAUGGCAGUAGUCCUUGGCCAACCCUUUUGAUGAAGAAUCAGAAAGGUGUCCCAUUGGCUUCUUUGUUCAUGGACCAAGAGCAGAGACUUUCCCCUGAAGGUCUGGAUACAAAGCGACCAAAGCAAUUAAAAUUGCCAAAUCAGGCCUACAUUGAUCUACCUCUUUGUAAGGAUGAACAAGGAUUUAAUUCUGGAAAACAGGAGAACUCUGAAGAAAGAAAUUCAGCAAGUUCUGCAAAUAGCACUCCACAAAUGACACCUACAAACAGCCUCAGUAGAACACUGCAGAAAAAGAAAACUGAUGCUGUCCUGUAUGGAUGCGCUGUCCUCCUUGCAUCUGUAGCUCUGGGCUUGGAUAUUAGGGAGUUGAACAGAUUGCAGGCUCCUGAAGAAGGAUUGCCCAAGGAGGAAAAGAAAAGACGUGAUGGACUAUUUCAGCGAGCUUCUAAGUUUCGUAGAAGUGCUAGUCCUGUAAGUUUGCAGCCUAAAAAAGAGGAGUCGCAGAUUCCUCGGCUAUGUCCAUCUUCAAGUACUGUGAAUCUUCUCUCUAUGUCUUCUGCUUCCACUAAAUGCCUCCUUCAGUCUGACAGUGAAGAUACAACUAUGAGCACACUGCCCAUUAACAGAGAUAUUCCCGUUAGACGCUUUUUGUCUGAUAACCCUGUGAGCAAAAGAGAACAAAUGGCAAAAGCUGAUCCUGCCACUGAUUCUAACGUACCAUCCCCCAGUCUUCCUUUGAGGCAAGAAUCUCAAUUCAUGGCAAAUGCCUCUUCCUCAAAAGGGAGAGUUUUGGGUCACAGACGGACAAUGUCAGAUGGAAAUCCAUGUCAUUCCACAACUAAUGGAAUUGCUAAUGGGCCCCCGGAGAUUCUUUAUGCACCAUUUCUCCAGCAAAGAAACCUUCACCGCAGUCCUUCACCUGAAAAGCAAGGAGUUGUCAAUAUUAUACCAAGACCUCGACCCUCUUCUUUAAGAAGUAGGCUAGAUCCUUGGCAGGCUAUUCCACAAAGUCUGGAGUUGAGCCCUUUUGAGCUGGAUCAUUUAGCGUGUGAUAGAGGUUCAAAGGUUAAUACACUGACAGACACUGGUGAGAGAACUAAGUCCCAUAUGCCCUCUUUACUCGAUAUCGAUGUAGAAGGUCAAGACAGUGACUGUACAGUGCCUUUGUGUAGGAUAAAGAGUAAAGCAUGUCGACCAUCCAUCUAUGAACUGGAGAGAGAAUUCUUGUCUUAAGUGCCUUGGAUUUUUUUGGUAUGCCCUUUUUUAAAAAGAAAAUUAGUGCGUGUGACAACUUUAUGCUGCUUUUUUAAAGUUUUGUGAUCAAUGGUGCUGGUACUACACCAGACAGAUUAAAUAUUAAAUAUUGAAAGAAUAUAUUGAGGCAGGGUUGCUCUGCAACUCCAUCUGUGGUGUUGGUGUUUAAUAGUAUUCUGAAUGAAUAUAAGCAUGGAAUUCAAUAAAGUCCUCACCAUUUUAAUUUCCCUUUCCCUUUUUGCAAAAUAUCAAACCCCCUUUUUAUUCUAGUCUAGGCUUUGCCUUUGGCUUUUUUCCAUUAACAAUUUGAUCUGCUAUAUACUAAGAUCCAAUUGCAGCCAAGGGAUGUUACACCUGAAGAUAACUUUCAAGAAAAAGUACUGUUUUGUGAACUGUGGCUUUCUUAAGACACUACUGUGGACAUGUACUAUCCCAUUUUUAAUACAGAAAUACUGGUGUUUGCUUUCAGUCAGUAAACAAUUGGAAGCCAAUAAGAAUUAAUGUUACCUUAAUUUCAACAAAGGUAGGAUUUUACAUAAGUAAAUGAAGUUGCUCAGAGAUAUGCAGCUUUAUCGCAAGACGUCACCCUAAGAGUCGGAAACGACUCGCACUAUAAGUGCGGGGACACCUUUACCUUUUUUAUCACAAGAAUAUAUUCUUAGCUGAAAUAUAUUCUUAUUAGGCAGCCUUCAAAGACAGUAACUUGGUUAAAAAUAUUUAAGAACUUUCAUGAGGAGAUCCAUUAUAUAGCAGUAAAGAUACACUUCAGUGUAUGUUAUCCAUAUGUCCAGUUUGCUUCUUAAAAAAAUUAUUAAUACUGGGUGGUAUCCAAUCCCCUUGUUCCAUUAGCACAAUGGUUUAUGCCUGUGCUAUUGAAAUUUCCCUCUCUCCUCCCUCCCCCCACCUGCCCUUGCACCAUCCCUAAAUCUGCUGUGGAGUGUUGAAACCCCUAAAACAGAUUUUAAGGAUGCGCAGGUGGAGGAGGGGAAGUUGCAUUGCACAAGCAUAAAUCCUUGCACUAAUGGAAUGAGAGACUUAGUGCUACUUUGGAUACAAGCCAUUAACAUGAUCACGAUUUCUAAAAUCAAUGGAUGACUUACUGUACUUCUUAGUGAGGUGAUGGCGAACAAAUUGAAAACAAAGGCACUUUUAAACGGUAAGAUUUCCCCCCCCCCCCGUUGUUCAGUGUGCUUAAGGCCAUUACAACUGAAAAUGCUGUUAGAGGACCUCAAUUAUUAAAAAAAGUUCCAAUGAAAUACAUACUUUACUUUACUCUUCCAGUCAUCAUUUUCUCAAAUUCCUUUGUCAGUAUGUGUUCUUUAAAAAGCUAAAGCCUGAUAAACCUGGCUUCUUAUUCAGUAUGAAUAUAUGUAGAGUAACAAUAUUACAGUAACAGUUACCUGUUGACAAAGAUGCGUUUGAAACUGAUUGUGUGAGCAAUUUAAUUCAAUUCUAUUUUGGCCAGUUAUAACAUUACAGUGUUCAUGUUAAACGAAUUCUUGAAGGUAUUUUAAGAUAUUGAGGCAUUAUUAAAGUGUAAAAUAGUUAGGUUUUCUGAAACUGGCUCUUCUAAAUUAGAAGUUGUUCAGACGUGUUAUUUUGGUAAAUCUGCAUUUGCAGCAGAAAUGAAAUUGCCUUCUAAUGAAUCAUUAUUUUUACCUGUAUGUCUUCCAGUUUUGAGGACUUUGAAAUGCUUUGGUCAAGAUCCAAGCAGAGUAGAAAGCCCUUUCUCUCACAGUGCAUGUGUGAGCACGUGCAUGCAUGCCAGUCGUUUUCUAUCUGUAGCCUUUGCACCACUUUGAGUCCCACUCUAAAAGGUCCUCUGACAUUCGAGAGCAUUAUGCAGGGGAGAGGGGGAGUCAUUGAGGGACUACAGUGAGGAAAGGGAUGCCAAGAAGCUCCAGCGUACAUGGGGAACACUACAUACAAUCCUUUGGAUCCCACCCUUUGUUUCAGUCCUUAAAUGUAAGAGGUUGUAUUGUGCAUUGAUAAACAUACAUCAUGGAUUUUGAUACAAUGGAACCAAGUACUGGAACUGCAGUCCUCUUGUUUCAAAGCCAUAGAUGGCAUUCCACAUUCAGUUACGGUUCCAUAACAAAAGUCUUGUUCAUUCUAAUGGACAUGAAUUGCAAUAGUACAUUGCAUUUUGCUGAUGGUGACAUAUAAAAGUUUUUCCGUUUUAAUUUGUUCAGAGUCAUGAACAAUCUCCUUGGAGGAAAAAGCUAAAAAGAGGAAAUUACAAAUGUUUCUUUUGACAUAAAGUAUUAUAUCUGCUCAAAACUUUUAAGGCACGUUGUCGGCUAGCUGUAAUUUGUGUGGUCUCUGUAUAUUAGAAUGUCAUUAAGUUAUUUUAAUUUUUUAUUCAUUUCUGUUUCUCUUCAAAACUUUGUAUAGUCCUGUCAGUUGCUUCUUCUGAAAACCUCAGGUGCUGCGCAGUACUUUUUAAAUUGUGCCCCUUUAAAUCAGGUAGAGCAGGGGUGGGGAACUGGAUCUGGUCAGCAGGCCAGAUUGUUAUCUCCCCUACCUCCCUGCGGCACUGCAUGUAGGCCUUCCAAAGUGGCAACAGUCAACUGACCGGUGACCAUUCAGAAGCCAAGCCCCUUUUGGUCCAGCCCAGCCACCUUUUUAUCAUAUAUUAUAUCAGUUGAUUGGCAGAUGGGCAUGGCUUGUCCAAUAUGACCUGCAGGGCGAGGGCUGGGAGUUCCCUACUCCUGGUGCAGAGUUCAAUCGAUGUUUUCUGCUUUAUCACUUUAAAACUGAAAUGAUUUAGUUCUGUAUAUUAAAAGGGGAACACAGAUGUAUAAGAAAGUCUGGGUAAGUCUUGCACGUAGCUGAUAGGUAUAUUUGAUGUUUUAAGAUUUGGAGCCACUAUGUGUAGUUCUUUUUCUGGAACGACAGGCUAGUUUGAAUUAUGCAAUAAUCUCAUCCUGUGGAGAUUGCCUCUGCCUUCACCAUGACUAUCUCAGGUUUCAUAUUCAAAUGACUUUUAAAUAUUUGUUGAAUCCAUUUCAAAAUUUCGUCUUCACAAUUAAAGUUAAAUGAAGCACAUUGAAGUCCUAUUUAUUUUGAAGUCCCAUUUAUUUCAAUGAGGGGAAGCUGAGCACAUGCUUAACCCGCUCGUUUAAAAUCAUUGGGCUGGAUCCAAAGAAGACUGUGCAGAACUCUGCUCAUGCAACUCUGCUCCGCUCCUAGUUUCUCCCCACCCCCAUAAAACUUUCACAAAAAGCCUGUGCCUCCAAAGCAACUCCCAGGGUCGGUCUUGGGAGACUGGAGCAGGACAGGAAAUUUGGAGGAGCUGCAGGAGUUUUCCCCCCACUCAUACAAAACAUCUGUGCAAGCCAUUAAAUCUUAAAUGUACUUAACUUGGCUGGAUUGUACAGUGGAUUCUGUCGUCUUGAUAAAACAGUAUUACCCAAAAAAUGUGUAUCUGCCUGUCCAAAUACCUGUCUAGAAUUUAUGCUAAAUGUCGAUGAUUAUAAUGGAGAGCAAUUAUUUCAAGUAAAUGUAAGGAAGAGAAAGAGUUUUGCAUGAAAUAAACAUACAUUCCAAAAAGCAAGGAGGAGAGAAUAAUGUUAA